AUGAAUAUGAGCAACAAUCAACAUAGUCAUCAUCGUUAUAAUUAUUUAUGUGGACAUCAUUUUCCUCAUAUAAAAACAACACGCAACUCGUGUUGUCAUCCAUAUAAAACUUCGUAUGAUCAUCUAUUGAUGCAUAAUGAAAAACUAUCAUCUUCCUUGUUAAACAAUAAUAGUAACAAUUUGUCUAAUUUCAACGUUGAUAUUAUGAAACAAUUACUGUCAAGUAUAUCAACAGUAGUAGCAUCUGCCAAACAUCCAGAACAUAAAAGUUCAAACACAAGUAUUAUUAAAAAUAUACAAGUGAAUCCGAAUAUUCAACAAAAUGUUCAAAAAUAUCUCAUAAGAAAAUGGUCUGCUUUGGAAGCAAAAAGUUGUACGCAAAGUAAAAUGGUUACUGAUGCAGCCAUACAGUGUACAAAUAGUGAAAGUGAAUUUUGUCCAACUGCUGCUGCCGCCAUUGAUGCGACAACUCCGAUUCUGACAGGUAUAGAACGUAACGACUAUCCACCAAAAGAAUCAAUUGAUAAAGAAAUUCAAAAAGAUUUCUCAAAUUUAACAAAAAAUGAUGUUAGUCAAACAUUGUCUAGAAAAAGUGAAAAUGGAACCACUUCAGUUAAACGAAAACGUAUUAUACAUGCAAAAUUGACAACAACAAUAAAAAAACAGAAAACGAUUAAACGAGGAAGGGUAUCAUACAGAAAGAAAGCAACUCUACCAUCAAAUCUCGUGAAAUGUCAAAUAAAACGUCAUUUAACACAUUCUUCUGAUAUUUCAGAAUAUACUUCACAUUCACUAGUGUCCAAACGUGGAAAAUUACCAUUUGAGCGUUUGAAAGUAGGUACUGUUCAAAUUUCUGAACAAUCACCACAAUUCUUUGGACAUCACAAUGUUCAACAUCAAUUGAUAUCCAACGUUCUACCAAUAAUCACGUCAAGUGAGAUGGAUGCUUUAAAACGAGCAGGUCUUCAAACUACGAUCGGCUUAAUUGGACGAUAUUUAGUUUACUCAAAUGAUCAAGAUUUCAGAUGGUUUCUAACAGAACGUAUUGGAUUGAAGAUGCACAAAGCAGAAAUGAUUACAGCAUAUUUGAAAACAAAAACUAAUAAGUAA